CAGUGUUUGGCACAAUGGGUGAAUAUGACGAGGCCGUGACCGCGGAGCCCAUGCCUGGAUACGCGGACUUUAUCCGGGGGGCAUUUUCCGUUAUGCUCGCUGCCCUGAGAGACUGCGAAGACUGUGGUCUCACGCUGUCCGCGCGGAGCCUGCAGCUCCAUGCGCGCGUCGCGCCUUCCGAAGUCGGACUGUUCUUCGUCUGCGCCGUCCUGUGGACUGGCUUGCGGCGGACACUGACGACUCACGCGUUUGAGCCAUUUGCCCGGUGGUGUCAUCUCCAUCCCAGAGAUGCAGCGAAGAUGCCAGAAAGUGCAUGGAAGCUGGUCUUCUACACGAUGGCGUGGUCCUACAGCACCUACCUUCUCUUCUUCACCAGUUACACCUUCUUCCAGAGUCCUUCGUCCGUGUUUCACAACUGGAAGAGCGGCAUGUCGGUGCCCACAGAUAUUGCCAUCGCGUAUCUGAUCCAGGCCAGCUUCUACGGGCACUCCAUCUACGCCACUGUGCACAUGGACGCCUGGAGAAAAGACUCCAAGGUCAUGUUGGUGCAUCACAUCAUCACUCUAGCACUCAUCAUCUUCUCCUACGCCUUCAGAUACCACAACAUUGGAGUUCUGGUUCUGUUCCUCCAUGACAUCAGCGACAUUCAGCUGGAGUUCACCAAACUCAACAUCUACUUCAGGACUCGUGGGGGGAGAUACUGUCUGACCAACGAUAUCCUGUCCAACAUGGCCUCUGUGAGCUUCAGUAUUACCUGGUUCUUGUUCCGACUGUACUGGUUCCCUCUCAAAGUGCUGUAUACCUCCUGCGUCUCCAGCCUGCAGACCGUCCCCAACAUCCCGUUCUAUUUCUUCUUUAAUACCCUGCUUUUCGCCCUGCUCCUUAUGAACAUCUACUGGUUCCUGUUCAUCGUGCUGUUUGUGGUGAACAUCCUGACCGGGAGCGGGGUCAAUGACGUGCGGGAGUAUGAAGAAGGGGGGCUGGUGGAGAAGCUCAGCGCCGGGAAGCAUGGCACUGGGGAAAGGAAAAACGUGCAGAAUGGAAUCACCAAGGAGAAGCAGCCAUAACUGCUUCAGUACCGCCACCUGCUGGUACCCCAGAGUCAAAGACGUAGACACGCUGAAAAGCACUUUGGGCUGCGAUUAGUCUCUUCUCCUGUCCUCAUUUUGUUAUUUAUUUUUUUCCCUGUCAUUAUAGCACUGUGAAUGUCAUUUCAGAUAUACUUACAUAUGCCAUACUUAUAUGCGAUAGAUAGAUAGAUAGAUAGAUAGAUAGAUAGAUAGAUAGAUAGAUAGAUAGAUAGAUAGAUAGAUAGAUAGAUAGAUAGAUAGAAAUUAAUGUUUUCUCGUGUGUAUGAACCUGUUUUUUUUUUUUUUUUCUAAUAACGGUAUCAUAUAAUAUGAAAAUAUGAAAAACUAAAUGGAGGGACCAGUGGAGGCCAGACAAGCUUGCACCUGUUGAAGUACGAUGCUGUUUACAGUAAGGGCUAGUACUGCAAUCACAACAUGUUUAAGCUCUCUAAUGCCAGCGGUUUCUUCAUUUGUUUCUUUGCUAUUUUUUGUCUAACAAUGCAGGGACAGGCAUUAGAGAGGGAAAUUCUGGCGGUACACUGUCAAGAUGAGUCUUGGCUUAUGGCUUUGCUUGGGGCACUACUUUUGUUGUGGACCAAGUGCACAGGUUUCUAGCAGGCUCAACUUCUUUAUUAAGUAUAGGUGUCCCAGGGGGUGGGGGUUGGCCUGUAUACAAGGAUCAAUUUAGUGGCAAUUGCAUGAUUUUAUCUGCAUCUGUUGUUGCACUGGAAGCCUGACUGAAGCCAGAUGACGUGUUAGCACAGUGGAACUUGGCUUAGCAGACACUGAACAAAAGGGAUGGCCAUUAAAGGCUGAAUGUAAUAUCACUGAUCAAAAUGAACACAGAUGCCAAGGAAUCUUUACAGCAGUAUAUCAUAGAAAGCAAGUUGAUUUCUCACAAUGAAACCCUUAUGAAAAGCAAGUAUUGUCCUUCCAGGCCACUCAGAACAUAAGCCCAAAAGAUCAAAUCUUGAUUCAGCAACUCAGGCAAAUGUGGAGAUUCUUUUAAGUUUGCACAGCAGGAGUUUGUUUACUUGCAUUAACUGAGCAUUUUUGAGCCAAACCCAUGCUGUUGUAUGUCUGGUGUGAGACACAUCUUGCAGUCUCAGUGCGAGUUCCGACUGGUCCCCUGAGACCCUUUACAUUAGAUUCAGCUGCAUUUACAGGUGUUGUAUUUAUUGUGCUGUGAGAACUCUUUAAUUCAGCAUUGUCUGUUCUCCCUGUGUAUUUACUUUUACAGCGAUUACCUGGUACUGUCCAAAAGGUGGAGAAGCAUGCUUUUACACACUGACUUGCAGCUACACGACUCCAUAAGGGAAAUCUCACAGUUCUAAACUGCUUAAUGCACGUGCCAAGUGUGCACAUUUAAUAAUGACCACUGUCUUCACUCUAAUUACCCUCCCAUUCCCCAGAGGUGGAUAGUUAAGGUUAUGGAAAGGCAAAGGUCCAACUACGUAGAUUUGCUAACUAGCUCAGGCCAGCAGACAGAACUAGGUAAUGAAAUCCACUAGGUGAUACAAUAUCAUGGAAGAACUUUUACUUUUUGAACCUGAACUUAUGACACGUCCUCAAAUACCUCAAAAGCUCUUGUGUUUUGGCUAGAAAAUUGGACUCCUUAAACAAGCUAUACCAUAAAGCAUCGCAACGCUCUCACUCGAUGAGACAGGUAAUGAGAGCAGAGCCAGUCUGUGUUUAACAUGUACCAUGUUACCUGUCUCUGGUGUCACGUGAGCUAGAACAGAGCUAGCAUAUGAACUGGCUGAGGCUUUACAAGGUCUGCAUUGUGAACCCAUGUUUGACAUUUAUGUUGUUUACAUGGGGCAAGACCUUGCGUGGCCGUUCCUAAGGCACAAAAACAAAUGCAGCUGCCAGUUUGAAUUAGCCACAAUGCAGGCAACCCUACCAGAACAAACUUAGGCAUGUUUUUCCAUCGCUCCAUGUUCAAGGUGCAAUGUAUUCAUUGUUCUCCUCUAUGUAAUUUUUUUACCCGUGUUAUUAGUUCUUAGAAUUUGCCAGAAGAAAAGUUUGAACUACUGACAAAUGUUUGAGGCUAUAAGACUUUGGACUCCAGGUCACUGAAUAUUAAAAGUGUAUUGUAUUUAAUAGGAGGCUGUCUCACAGGUAUUUAAAUCAUAUUACACUGUAAUUUAUUCAUGUUUUACUGUUCAUUAGGAAAUGAUAAUGGAUAAGUACAAGUCUUAAACAUGAAUUAAAUGAAAGUAUUUGUGUU